UAAAUCACAAGAUAGUGGGAUUGCAGAGAUGGAGGAACUUCCAGUCCCACACAACAUCAAAAUAAGUAACAUCACAUGUGAUUCCUUCAAGAUUUGUUGGGACAUGGAUUCUAAAUCCAAGGACCGCAUUACUCAUUACUUCAUCGAUCUCAACAAGAAAGAAAACAAGAAUUCCAACAAAUUUAAACAUAAGGAUGUACCCACUAAGUUGGUGGCCAAAGCUGUUCCUUUGCCUAUGACAGUUCGCGGGCACUGGUUCCUGAGCCCAAGAACAGAAUACACGGUAGCAGUGCAGACAGCAUCGAAGCAAGUUGAUGGUGAUUAUGUUGUUUCUGAGUGGAGUGAAAUCAUCGAGUUUUGCACAGCAGAUUAUUCAAAAGUUCACCUAACACAGCUAUUGGAAAAAGCUGAAGUGAUUGCAGGCCGUAUGCUUAAACUGUCUGUCUUUUAUCGGAAUCAGCACAAAGAAUACUUUGAUUAUACCAGAGAGCAUCAUGGGAAUGCUAUGCAGCCCUCUGUUAAGGAUAACAGUGGCAGCCAUGGCUCUCCGAUCAGCGGGAAGCUGGAAGGCAUCUUCUUUAGCUGCAACACUGAGUUUAACACUGGGAAGCCACCCCAAGAUUCACCUUAUGGAAGAUACAGGUUUGAGAUUGCAGCUGAAAAACUCUUCAACCCAAACACUAACUUGUACUUUGGAGACUUCUACUGCAUGUACACAGCCUACCACUACGUCAUUCUCGUUAUGGCCCCCGUUGGAUCACCAGGAGAUGAAUUCUGCAAGCAGCGCCUUCCUCAACUAAAUAUAAAAGAUAAUAAAUUUCUGACCUGUGAUGAAGAAGACGGUGUCAUGGUUUACCAUCAUGCCCAGGAUGUUAUUUUGGAAGUAAUUUACACUGAUCCUGUGGAUCUCUCCCUCGGCACAGUUGCAGAAAUUACUGGUCACCAACUAAUGAGCUUGUCUACUGCAAAUGCAAAGAAGGAUCCCAGCUGCAAGACCUGCAAUAUCAGUGUUGGACGUUAAGACUUCCCUCGUUACUUAGGAGCCUUCAAACCUCUAUUGCCCAUUUUCAUAGUCAGACAUUUUUUGUCAGAAGCAUGCACAUGCCGCUGUCACCAAAAGCAAACAUGAGUCUUCAAAAUCUCCAAUAGCGUUUUUAGUAUUUCUUCUCUCCCUCUUUCCUUUCUGUUCCCCUGAUGCUUUAAAUGAUUAGAAGUCCUGGAUUUCUUUCUGGCAACCAUUUAUACCUAGAUGCUGCAAAAAUUGUUUUCUGUUUCUUGCCAAACAUAACAAAAUCCUAUAUAAACUGCUUUAGCAAAAUAAAAAUAACGGCUUAUAAAUGGUGUUUAAAUAUGCAUUCAUUUUAACUACUGAACAAAUACUGAGAUAACUCCAAACAGCAUGAAAGGUUGUAAUUGCAGCAUGAUUUCAAUUCAGAGCCUAGAAAUGUCAGCACUUCCAACGUGUUGUUUGACAGUGUUAUUUAUGUUAUUUAUAUUAGCUAACUGAAAACAGAAACUGUGUCUCGACAUAAUAAAUAUAAUAGAAAAAUAUUUUAUUUGUACUGUUGUAUAAAAUAUUAUACAAUCAUAUAGAAUAUAUAGAUUACAUUUUAAUAUCAAUUGUAUACAUAUGUCAUGAAAUCAUUUUCCCUUAUCAAAGAUGUAGUUUGUAAACUUCAAAUAGCUCUGUAUCUGUUCCUGUUGCUCUAGAUGACUUUAAUUAAAACAGAUUUACGAAGGAGACCA